CUUUAUUCGUUUUAUUUAAAUUUCCUAUCAACCUUACUUUUCAUUUUAACUUUUUUAAGUCUUAACCCAACACUUCUUUUGAGCACACAAGCGCGCUCCUGGACGAGACAUGAGGACUGUCGCCUGGCUGUCCACACGGCAUUGUCAUUGUAAUUUUCAUGUGUCCGGUCGAUUGUCGGACGCCCGAGGACGCGCGAUGUCGUUUUGCAUUUUGACAAAGUGAAGGUUAUGGUCUGGAACAAUACGAGCUGAGGAACUGUAUAGUAUAUUGCAUUUUGGGCAAUUAUGCUGGAGUCUCACUUACUCGAGUGUUUGUGUUUUCACUCCAACUCAUAUGGACAAAAAUAAAAAAGGGUACCAUAUAAUAUUUUUUCUUUUUAGAAACUUUCCUUAUUUUUUCUUGAUUGGACCAAUCUCAGGAUGUUGUUAUAUUGCUGCUCCAGCGCCUUGGUCGUUUCUGCCAAGUUCACGUUUGUAUUCGUGUUUUUAUUGUUUCAAAUGCCACAAUCCGGCUCGCCUUUGAUUACAGGUACAGAAGCCAGUUGUGAGAACGAAGGAGAGGUGCUUCACAUACCCAAUAUAACGGACAACCCGUGCAUCACCUGCGUCUGUCUGGAGGGGAAGGCUGACUGUAAGCAGGAAAAGUGUCCCCUGGUGUCUGAUGACUGCGCUCUAGUGAUCAAACAGACGGGAGCCUGCUGUGAACGAUGCAAAGGCUGUCAGUUGGAUGGAAGGUUCUAUAAUAGUUCUGUGUCCUGGACCAGCUCCACCAAGCCCUGCAUCUCUCGCCGCUGUCAGGAAGGUGUUGUAACUGAAGCGGAAGUGCAAUGUGUCAUCCACUGCAAGAACCCCAAGAUUCACCCCAAGAAGUGCUGCCCAACAUGCCCAAGCUGUAUCUUGGAGGGUCGUCUGUACAAAGAGAGGGAGGAGUUUCAUCCUGAGGGAAAACCAUGUAUUAAAUGUACCUGCACUGGAGGGCGGACCCUGUGCAUCAGGGAGGUGUGUCCUGUUCUCUCAUGCCCCUCCCACUUGAGCCACACUCUGCCUGGGCAGUGCUGUCCCAAGUGCCUCGGUCAGAGGAAGGUGUUUGACCUGUCACUGGGCAGUUGUCUGUUCCACAGUGAGGUUUAUGAGAACGGCACUUCCUUUAAACUUGACAACUGCACCAGCUGUACCUGCAAGGAUUCCACUGUGGCGUGUCGGAAGAGCUGCUCUCGGCAGGGAAGUUGCCAGGGUGAUCAGUGCUGUGAGGAGUGUCUCUCUUUCGUGAAAGUGGAGGAAGUGAAGUACUGUCGGGUCAGGAACAAGAUCUACAGGGAAGGAGACAUGUGGGCGUCAGUGAACUGCACUCUGUGUAGCUGUGUCAAGGGGACCAUCGAGUGCCAGCCAAAGCAUUGUGUGCCAAUCACCAGUUGCCCCUCGAAUAAGAUACUGAACAGGACAGGCUGCUGCCCGGUUUGCACUGAAAAGCCAGGCGUGUGCACUGUAUUCGGCGACCCCCACUACAACACAUUUGACGGGCGCACGUUUAACUUCCAGGGCACCUGCCAGUAUGUCCUGACUGCAGACUGUGGCAACACGCCCUCUGCCGGGAUCGGACACGUUACCAGCCCGGACUCCGGCUUCACGGUUCUGGUGAGGAAUGACGCCAGGCGGACCCGCUCCUUCUCCUGGACCCAGUCAGUGGAGCUCAGGAUAGGAGGUCUCAGUCUCAGCCUGCACCAGCACCUCACGGUCCGGAGGAACGGAACCCGGAUCUCCCUGCCCUACCACAGCCCGGGGGUCCACAUCGACCUGGACGGAUACCUGCUCAAACUCACCACCAUCGCAGGCCUGGAGGUCACGUGGGACGGGGACAGCUUCGUGGAGGUGGUGGCCGCGUCCCACCUGCGAGGGCGUCUCUGCGGCCUCUGCGGGAACUACAACGGGCACAAGCGCGACGACACCGUGGGCGGCGACGGACUGUUCAAGUUCGACGUGGACGAGUUCGCCGAGUCGUGGCGCGUGGAGGGGAACGAGGUCUGUGCCCAGCCUCUCCGGAGGGCCGCCUCGUACCUCUGUCCCGGCAGCGUCAAGGUCAAGUUGCGCGCGCACCGGGAGUGUCAGAAGCUCAAGUCCUGGGAGUUCCAGAAGUGUCACAGGGGGGUGGACUUCGCCUCGUUCUACAGAUCCUGUGUCACCGACAUGUGUGAGUGUCCGGUGCACAAGAACUGUUACUGUGAGUCCUUCAUCGCCUACAGCCGGGCCUGUGAGAGGGAAGGAGUGCCCGUCCACUGGAGGCCAGAGGCUGCCUGCAUGGCCACCCAGUGUAAACACGGAGCGGUGUACGAUACCUGUGGCCCGGGCUGCACCAAGACCUGUGACAACUGGAACGAGAUCCGACCCUGUCACAAGCCGUGUGUGGCCGGCUGCCACUGCCCAGCCAACCUGGUGCUGUUCCAGGGCCGCUGCAUCAAGCCCACAGCCUGCCCCGGCCGGUGACCCUAGUGCCCCAGGGGGAGGCGCAGAGAGGCAGCCGAAUAACCAACGCUGCCUGGCACUCAGGGUCCACACCUGGGGGGAACAUGGGGGUGGGGUGAUGGACACACAUGGAUGGACUGAAGAGGAUAGGUGACCCAGGUCAAGGCCUCGUCCACUCUGAGGCAGAGAGAUGGCAGCCAUCACAGACUGGCUGCUCUUCCUCGUCCUGCACUACCAUGUGUUUCCACAAGAGGGCUUUUCAUUGUUUUCAUUACAGUGUAACAGGAAUCUGGAGGGAAAUAUCCCCUUCGUAGAUGGAGGCCCUUUGGAAAGAUCAGUGUGGCUGUGCUUCUGUCAUUACUGGACUUUCAACUAUACCUGCCAUGGACACUCUGGAAACGUGAGGCUCAGAGUCUGACUCAGUUGCAGCACAUAGACUUUCAAAACCAGAAAACCAACCAGGACAUCUUGAAAAGUAAUUUUCACCCUGCCAGCAUAAUGGAUUCCCUCUAUGAUGAAUAUAUUGAACAAACCCCAUGUCUCACUUGCAUAGAUUAUUUUAUAUUGUAAAGUUAACUAAUAAGAUUUGUAUAGAAAACAGACAUCUUUUUGUAUUAUUAUUAUUAUUAUUAUUUGUUGUUUAUGUUGUUAAUUUAUAUAUCGAUCACUUGAUGUUGUAGCAAGAGCCAGAACACAAAUCUAAUUUCAUUACGAAUGAUUUAAAGGGAAAAAAGCUAUUUAUGUAUUUGUUGUUUAUUUUGUGUAAUCGUCUAGUUGGAAGAUAAAUGCCCAAAUGUGACUCCAUUGUUGCACCCUCCAGGACAGAAACGUACUGUAUUUUCUAAUUCUCAAUGUACAGGUUGUUGUGUGUUGAUUCUCAUACUGAAGGUCCUCAAGAAGUACAUUUCACUUUGUAAGUAAUUAUUUAAGACCAGCAAUAUAUAAUCUAUGAAACUC